UAAAAUUCCGAAACAAAUGUACUUGAAGCAGCAAAACCGAGAAUAAGUUAAGUUUUCCGAAAGCCCCUGAAUGCAUCAUUUAGAGGAAAGGCGUUAAGGCGGAACUGAAGAACGGAGGAAAGUGACUCACACGGAUUGUUAUUGCAGUGACACUGAGAGCAGAAUGUUUCCACGUUACUGACAGCUGUCACACUGAGGAGGUGUUUAGUGUGAAAUAAACCUCUAUCAGAAACAGACUGUGAACAUGGACGGAGAGGUCCCUGAAGAGGACUGGAGGAUAGACUGGGGCGGAAGUGGAGCCGACCAGGGGGAGACCAAGGAGGAACACUUCCAAACUUUACUGAAGACAGUACACACUGGACUUCCUGGUCCCCUCACAGAGUCUGUGAAGUGUUCUUUAAUAACAGGAGACUACCUGUACUUCCAUUAUGGCUGUGAUGGGCAGGAUGACAGGGGCUGGGGAUGUGGAUACCGCACCCUUCAAACAAUGGCUUCCUGGCUUUGCCAUAACUGGUCCCAACUCCAAGACCAACAAAGACCUCCUCCAAGCCUCCCUGAAAUCCAACAAGCCUUAAUCACCAUGGGGGACAAACCCGGCACAUUCUCACGCUCUAAGGAAUGGAUCGGUACGUUUGAAGCCUCCCUGGUCCUGGACUACUUCUAUGACGUCCCCUGUAAGUUGGUGCAUGUGAGAGGUGGGGGUGCAGAGCUGGAGCAAGUCGCAGUGGAAGAGCUCCAUCAGCAUUUUCCAAAGCAUGGGUCCCCUGUCAUGAUGGGAGGAGACAGAGACAACUCCUCUAAGGGGGUAUUAGGGGUGUGCACAGGGGACAAGGGGAGCUACCUGCUCGUUCUGGACCCUCACUAUUACGGAUGUGAGUCUGAGAAGGAGGAGCUGCAGAGGCAGGGGUGGGUGGCCUGGAGGAAAGUCUCGUCUCUGGAUCACUCAUCAUUUUAUAAUCUGUGUAUGCCACAGACUGCCAAGAAGUGCACACAGACUGAUUCCUGAAUCCUGAAUUAGAAAGUGAAUGACAAUGUAAGUCUUCAAAAAUAAAUGUGUUAUUGAGAGAGACUGUGUACUCUAUAGAAAAUCCCCCCCACCUCCUUCCCUAAUGUCCCAGCAAACAACACAACUGAUCAUAUACUGUCACUAUCCCCACAUCGCAAACAUCUUAUUCCUGUCUUGUAGAUCAGUAUAGAUAAUUGUGUUCCUCUCUCACUUCAGGAUAUCAAGAGACUUUGGGAAACUGAUAUGGUACAGAAAUGACAGCUAAACAAUGGGAGGCUGUGCUUAAACUAAUAUACCUCCUCCCCCUGUGCUAGACACCGCCUGAUACAGCUCAAGGUUGUGCUGAGCGACUAUAUUCUUUAAUACAGACCCUUCAGGUCCUCGUUGUCGAGGCCAACCUGCAGAUCAUAUGCACAUGUUCUGGUCCUGUCAGAGACUUAAAACAUUUUGGCUGCUGGCUGUAUAUCCAAGAUCUCCACGGCUGAGCCACUGAGUAAGUUUCCCUUUAUUUAAAGUGUUUAGUUUAUUAGUCUGCCUUAUAGGUGUAUAGAUGUAUUUAGUCACAGUUGUUAAUUUGAUGGAAUGAGAACUAUCACCAUAGUCAUCUUAUCUUUGUGUGAUCAUUUCAACAGACUCAGCAGUUGGAUCAUAAUAAAUAUCCUUUGGACUGAA